GGACUACCUGACUGAGCACCAGGACAUCUCUGCAAAGACCUGGACCCCAGCUCUAAGACAAUAUGGCUGACAGAAAUGUUAGAAUUAGUGGGGGGGCAGUCAGAUUUGGCGCCACGUAUGGAGGCAACCGUCUGUUUUCAGGAGCCAGAGGAGGUGGAGGGUCUAGUGCAGUUCUGUCCCGUUCACUUGGCCUUUCAAGGGGAGCAGGAGCUGCCGGUGGAGGUUAUGGUUUGGGACUUGGACUUGGAGGUCUAGGUCUUGGUCUUGGUCUUGGUCUGGGUGCUGGUGCUGGUGCAGGUGCCGGUGCCGGUGCUGGUGGUGCCGGUUUCGGGCUAGGUGGAGGUGCACUUGCCUUAGGUGGUUUGGGUAUGGGAGGUGCAGGUGCCAGAAUUGCAGGAUUUAGGGCUGGUGUGGCUCCUCUAAGAGCUCGCCUGGGUGGCCGGGUCUUCAAGAUUGGAGGUUAUGGCUUCAACCCAUCCUUCUUAAGCUCCACUAUCACAGUGGAUUCAGGUGUCAGUCCAGUGCCCACAAUUGACCCCACUCUCCCAUCCAUGGACACUGUGCAGGUCACACGCUUAAAAGAGAAAGAAGAGUUGCAAGUUCUUAAUGACAAAUUUGCAUCCUUCAUCGAUAAGGCGCGGUCACUGGAACAGCACAAUGCAAUAUUGAAAGCCAAGAUUACCAUGUUCACCAAUCCAGAGCAGGGUGGUCCUGUUAGCACCUCAAUCUUGCUCACAUCAGCUAUUGGAAGCUACAAAUCUCAGAUUGAUGGUCUUACUGCCAAUAAAGAAGCUAUCAUCGCUGAGAUUGAACACUACAAAGGCAUCAUCGCUGACGUCCAGGCCAGAUAUGAUGAGGAGGUGGGUCAGACCAAAUCUUUGGAGAUGGACUGGACCAACUUAAAAGAGGAGGUAGACAAUCUAUAUCUCACUAUUUUUGAGCUGCAAGCUGGCAUUACUGGUCUGGAAGACCAGAUUGCUCUGUCCAAGCAGGUGUACGAUGCUAAAGUUAAAGAGGUUAGAAACAUUGUGACUGGCAGCAUGAAGUCAGCCGUCUCCAUCUCUGUGGAUAACACAGCUCAGGCGCAAGACCUGACCUCUGCCCUUGCCGAGGUUAAAUCGCACUAUGAGGUUCUGGCUCAGCGCAGCAAACAGGAUGCACUUCUCUCCGUGCAGGACAGUCUCUCCAUGAUGGCCAUUUCAUCUCAGCCCAGUGUUCAUUCACUCACUACGGCCAAAGAGGAACUGAGAGUGUACAAACUUCAGAUUGACUCUGUGCAGAGAGAAAUCGACAGACUCAAAUCAUUGAACAUCCAGCUAGAAUCUCAGAUAGACGAAGCUGAAUCUCACACCAGCACACACACCGAGACCUAUCAGGAGCAAGUGCAAAUUCUCAAGUCCCAGCUAGAUGACCUCCGAAAGCAAAUUACACAUUACAGCCAAGAAUACCAGGAGCUUCUGGCCAGCAAAAUGUCUCUGGAUGUUGAAAUCACAGCGUACAAAAAACUUCUGGACAGUGAGGAGAACAGGCUGAAGUCUGGGGGCGGUAUUACUGUGCACAUGUCUAAGUCAGCAGUAGGAGGAGCAGCAGGAGGAGGAGCAGGAGGUGCGCUAAGUCUUGCUGCAGGAGGAGGUGGAGGAGGAGGACUGGGCGGAGGUGCUGGCCUUGGUUUUGGUCUUGGAAGUGGAUAUGGAUAUGGUCUAGGCCUGGGUGUAGGAAGUGGUGUUGGAGGUGGUCUCGGAGGAGGUCUCGGAGGAAGUUUCGGAGGAGGUUUUGGAGGAGGUCUUGGAGCAGGUCUUGGAAUGGGUAUGGGAGGAAGUGGGGCACUAAGUGCAGGUGGCAGCAGCUACAUGUCCUCUAGCAUGAACAGCAGCUCUCUCUCAACUAGUGUUUACUGAAGAAACAAAAUCCUCCAGCCUCUUCAAAACACAGAACAGCAAAAAGAACUAAGUUGGCCUGAAUAUUGCUUCAGUCAUUUACGCAAACCCUUUACAAAUGCCUCAAGAUUUCAACAACUCUAUAUGAUAUCGGCUUGUUUUAUAUUUUCAUAUUCAAUAAAGCAUUCCUACUUUUUAAAUUCUAAUUGUGGUAAGACCCAAAUAAAUAAAAGCAGUGUUCAUUCAA